UUUGCUGGAUAUCGAGGACAGGGGACACAGAGCUCAAAACUGGGACUGUUCCGUCUGGUCACCCUUGGAGAAUGUACUCUUUUACUGAUUCAUCCUAAGCCGAAAAAAUACAGUAUUACUACUAUUUGUCAGGAUAAAAAUGUAUAUUCAGUUAGGGUGAUGUGUGAAAGUGCGACACGCCGUGGUGGAAAUACAUUUAGUGUUCAGUCAGAUUUGCAGCGCCAUCAUGUGAGUCUGUUUUGAAUAACACUGUCUGAGUUGAGUUUAUUUUAAUGACACGUCUAUCGAAUAAAGAUAAAAUAGCAUGGCGUCGUCGUGAUACAGAAUCCGCAGUCAGAAACCGGCUCUUUGUGGAAGGAUUGUUUAUUUACUGAAGACCAACAUUGCCAGAGGAAACCUGAGUCUACGCGCAACCAACAAGGCCCGAUAGGGACAUGGAUUUCCCUGGACAUUUUGAGCAGAUAUUUCAGCAGCUGAACUAUCAACGAAUUCAUGGACAAAUGUGCGACUGUGUCAUUGUUGUUGGCAGUCGACAUUUUAAGGCCCACCGGUCUGUGCUGGCAGCCUGCAGCACACACUUCCGGGCACUUUUCACUGUGGUGGAUGGAGAUGCAAGCAUGAACAUGAUCCAGCUCGAUAGUGAAGUGGUGACAGCUGAAGCUUUUGCUGCUCUAGUGGACAUGAUGUACACCUCGACCCUGAUGCUAGGCGAGAGUAAUGUCAUGGAUGUUCUGUUAGCAGCCUCCCAUCUGCACCUAAAUAACGUAGUGAAGGCUUGUAAACAUUAUCUGACUACACGUACCCUUCCCAUGCCAUCAUCUUCUGAGAGAGGCUCUCAUCACACGCCGCAAGAUCAGCAGCGUAACCGACAACAGCAGCAGGCUGACAUGGCUGUGAAUCCAAACUUAGUGGCAAAUUCUGCUAGUUCAAAACUACAACGCAGCUUCUUGCUUCAGCAGCUGGGUUUGAGCCUGGUAAGCUCAGCAUUGGAUGGAGUUGAAGAUGAUGGUGUGAGGAGUGUAGGAGUGGGCAGUAGAACAGAUCAGAAGGCCUCCUAUUCAAUCAGGCGCUUCCACAAACGCAAGUCAUCCACUCUAGGACUUCCUGAGGACCAAAACAGGCAGAGGCAGUGCACCUCUAACCCUGUCCUUGGACUGUUAGGAGAUGAACAUGUGAAUGCAGGGGAGGAUGGUGCAAUUCUUUCCCCUGAUUCACACAAACUGGGUGAUGACUCCAAACUAGAUGGCAACUUUCUUGGUAUAUCACAAGAUGACCCACAAAUGCCAAGUCAGUCCGAUAGCGGGCACUGUCAGGCAGAGGGCAUGGGGAGAAUGCAGGCAGGGGUUGGCAAAGAGGAAGACAUGGAUGACCUUGAGCACCAGAACAACAGAGCAGAGGUGAAAGUCAAGGUCGGAACAGAAGAAGAUGAACCAGAAGAAGAGGAACACAAGGUUGUUGUGGUUAAACAAGAGCCUCUGAGUUCUCCAGAGCCCACAGAUGAAAUCAGUGAUGUGACAUCCCAAGCUGAAGCCAGUGACCCGACUGAGCGUGUGGGCCAUGAGGACGAGGAGAAAGUGGAGCUGAGUCCAGAGAGCAGUGACCGCAGCUUCACCUCUGAGCCACAGCCAAGCUCAGGCUCAUUACUUCAGUCCACUUCACUUCCGCUAAAAGGCAUUAACAGCAAUAACCGUGUAAAUGCCAAAGCUGGCUUUUGCAUAUCAAGUUUUCUAGGUUCCAAAGACUUUACAAGCAGUGGCGGAGGGCUUGUUGCUGGAGAGGAUGACCUCCCAAACACCACAACUGGAGAAGCUGCAGCCCCUCACUUUCUGGUUCGACGGGAAUCUGCAGAACAGUCUGGCUCCAGCCAGUCAUCUUCUCUUCGCCUUAGCACUGAAAGUCAUGCAAACUUUGGAGAUGGCCUCCAAACAGAUUCUUUUUUCCUUCGUCCUAUGCAUGAAAGUUUGGUUAACCCUAGGGGACCAGGGGCUAGUGGAGCACAUGUAGAUCGCUUUGGGAUGGAUUUUCAACGUUCCAGUUCACUCUCUCUACACACCCUGGGGAAUCCAUCACAGGGAUCUGCUGGAUCAUCCUCCACUGCCUUGGCAUAUUCUGGUUACAGGCGCAUUGCUCCUAAAAUGGCAGAAGAAGGAUUAAAUGGUGUACUCCAAGGUGCUACUUCCUCCUCUCUAACAAGUCCUCUCCUUCUCAAUGAAGGAAGAGGGUAUGACAUGAACAGUGGCAGGUCCACACCGCUCCCCCCUCACCUGACUAGAGCCUCAGCUGAUGUUCUGUCCAAGUGCAAGAAGGCAUUAUCAGAACAUAACGUCCUUGUGGUGGAGGGAGAUCGGAAAUAUGCCUGUAAAAUAUGUUGCAAAACUUUUCUUACUCUAACAGACUGCAAGAAACACAUUAGAGUUCACACAGGGGAGAAACCCUAUGCCUGCCUUAAAUGUGGCAAACGUUUUAGUCAGUCCUCUCACCUGUACAAGCACUCCAAAACCACCUGUCUGCGCUGGCAGAACAGCAACAUGUCCAAUGCUCUGCUCUAGGCCUCAGGCUGUUCCUGGAACUGAAUUACAUUUGUUUAUUAUUCUCACAUUGAUUCUUCAUUCAGUUCCAUCUUUUUAUCAGAGUUGUCUUUGAUGAUCUAGCAGCUUUUAUUGCUGAAUGCCUGCCACGAUACUGUGACUGGAGUCAGCAGUUUAAGGGUAAAGUAAAUCAACCUAGCUCUCUCUGGGUUUAUUGGUUUGAGGCCAAAUGUCUACACCUAUGUCGCCUUAUUGCUACUUAUUUUUAAAAAUAUUUUUUAUUUCUGGUAGUUAAUGAAUUAUGUGCACUGUGCAAUGAAAAGUCCUGUAAUUUAUUUUUCAAUGUGCUUUUGUGAUCUUAAACAUUGAUCUUAAAAUUUGCUUCCCUCCAUUCAUAUAUUGCAUAUUAUAAAGACAAAUCAUUCUUUUAAUAAAUGUGUACUUUAACUGAAAAAAACAUCUGUCCUCCUCUCGACUCAGCUGUAGCCAGUCGUUGGUAUAAUUGAUUAAAUUUAUUCUAUUCUUCGAUAGAUAUGUUGUUAAUGUUUACGUACUGUCCUUGAACAUACUUCUUUACUUGAAACAUUUUAAGAAUUGAAGAAAGUCAAAGUAUAUUUCACAGUUACAGAGUGUUGUUUACUGUGAUGAAAAUGUAUAAUAGAUAAAUAUGAAUAACUUAUGUUACAAAUGUGAGUGGACUUUUUGACAAUGUUCUCAAUAAUUGUUAAGUGUUAUGAAAACUGGUUACAAAUUCUGGAGGUCUCAGUAAAUCCCAAUGUCAGUGUAAAUAUAAAAAAAAUUUUUUUUGAGAUAUCUGCGGCUUUCCGAUGAUGAGAAAUGAGAUGAACACACCAGGGUUUCCCCCGAUACUGGAUUUCCUAGUAGAUGUUUGUCUUGUAAUGAUAAAUAAUCGUGGCUCCCACAAGAUGAUUACUGUCCAUUGCCCAAUUACUCCUAGUAAGUUUGAGCAAAACUAUUCUUAAAUUGCACCUUAAGUCUAGUCUUUAUGCUGCGGGUCUUUGUGUGAUCCUCAUUGCCACAUGGAAGUCUGGAUACUUUUGACCAAUGAUUUGUACAAUCUUGUGAAACAACAAUUUCUAACUGAUUAACUGAUGAUGAUUUGUUUUUUUGUUUUUUUUAAAAUUAAACAUACAGAGGUAAACCUGUAAUGUUUUAUCAAAAUAAGUAUAAAACUUAAAGCUAGUGUUUCUAAAUAAGAACAAUGUAAAAGUAAUGUAAAACACAUUAAUUAUGAGGAAUGGGUAUCUGGGAAUUUAAUGAUUUAAUAAAAAAAUAUAAAUACA